AGUCAGACGUACUGCCUGCAAGCGAUCGCCGGGCUAAUUAAACAAAUACAUACAUAACUAAACACAUAAAACAAAGUGCAAUCGACUAAUGGCCGUGGCAGGAGUCAAAGCCAAAGCCGCAGCCGCAGCCAUACGAUGUUUUAAAAUCGAAUAAAUAAUGCAUGGGAAUGUAUGAACGUGUUUGAAAGUAAUUAGCACAACGCUGCUGAUGCCGAUGCUGAUGCUGCUACUGCCAGUGGCCUGUCUGACCCACAUCUGCGAAUCGCACUAAUUUAUAUUUCAUGGCAAGUGAACAGCGACAGGAUACGGAGGAUACUGGCGGAGUCUGGCUGAUGAGGAGCUCCUGAUUUGGAGUGGCUCCUACUCCCGGUCCCAGGCUGUUUGCAUAUGCAAAUAGUUACAUCCGCAGGCGAUUGAGUGUCCAACUGGCCGUGCACGUGCCGAAAGUGUUAAACUGUGCCAAACAUAACCCGCAAACAAGCCUGGCCAAACAGGCAAAAAGCCAGUGAAUAAAUAGUGUCUGUGCCGUGUGUUAGUGUGACGGGAAAUGCGAGCCUAGUACACGGGACCCUAGCCGAAAAUCAAUUACAAUUUAUUAGACGAGCAUGCCAAACGAUUGGCGGUGACCACCACAGCAACGCAUCUGAAACAAUGCCCCAAUCAGGUCCCAGAACCGCGGCCCCGUGGCUAUGCAAAUUAGCGAUUGCAGCGAUUUUGUUAAUGCUGCAGCAGAGUGUUUGCGUAGCCCUGCUCCUCCAGUGUCCGUUGCAUCAGUUGCAAUUACAGAAAAUCGUUGGAUUCCGACCGCCCCUAGAGUAUCUGAAUGAGGACAAUCUUAUCUAUGUCCCUCAAUCGGGAAGAAACUUUAAGGCUCAUGGCCAGGAGCAGGAUCUCCCGGUUAGCCAAAUCUGCUGGAGGAUCUGCAACGAGGAUCCGGACUGCAUAGCCUACGUUCAUCUCUUGGACACAGACGAGUGUCACGGCUACUCGUACUUCGAACGCACCUCGCGUUACCUGUCCAUUUCAGGUGAACUGCCCCUGGUGGCCGACACCGAGGCCGUGUUCUACGAAAAGACCUGCCUCCGCGUUCCCGAUGCGUGCAAAGGUCGUCUAUGGGCGCUGACCAAAAUCCCCGGCAGCACGCUGGUGUUCCAGAGCAAGAAGACCAUUCCGACGCUGGUCACGCGGCGUGAGUGCGCCGAGCGUUGCUUCUUCGAAAGCCAAUUCAGAUGCCUCUCCGCCUCCUUUGCGCCCUCGUAUCGGAACAAUCGUGAGCGGUUCCGCGGCGGGGAUGGUCCUGGCCAGAGUCCCUCACCCCGCCUGGGCAGGUGCAUGUUGAGCGACAGAGACAAGACGAUCCAACCGGACGCUUUCCGGGCCGCACCAUACGACGAGGAGUACAUGGAGAACCAGUGCCAUGAACGGCCGGCGGAGAGCGACAGCUGCUCGUAUGAGCUUUAUGCCAAUAGCAGCUUCAUCUACGCGGAGGCCAGGUAUUUGGGCCUCACCCAGAAAGAGUGUCAGGCGCUGUGUACGCACGAGGCCAAGUUCUACUGCCAGGGAGUCUCCUUCUACUAUGUCAAUCAGUUGUCCCUAUCCGAGUGUCUCCUGCACUCCGAGGACAUCGUCUCGCUGGGUCCGCGAAGCCUCAAACUCCGAGAUAACUCUGUCUACAUGCGGCGGGUCAAGUGCCUCGAUGUCCGGGUCUUCUGUACGCGCGAGGAGAUGUCCAUAAAAUACAACCCCAAGGACUGGUUCGUCGGCAAAAUGUAUGCCAGCAUGCACUCAAAGGACUGUCUGGCACGGGGUUCCGGAAACGGAAGUGUCCUUCUGUCACUGCAGAUCGGCAGCGAAGUCAAAGAGAACCGCUGCGGCAUCCUGCGGGCCUAUGAAAUGACGCAGGCAUACCAAAGAACUUUCAUAUCGGCCCUUGUGGUCAUUCAGAACAAUCCAAAUGUGCAAACCCAGGGUGACCGGCUCAUCAAGGUUGGCUGCAUCCAGAGUAACGCCACCACCUCGCUGGGUGUUUCGGUGCGGGACAGCAGCGUGGAUGCCACGGAGCACGUACCAAGUGCCAUUGCCUUGGAGUCCUCGCUGGAGUACGCCGAACACAUGUUCCCGCAUGAAGGUGUGGUACUCUACAACAGCAGCUCUGGGCCCCAUCCGCAGCCGACCAUCUCCCUUCAGAUAGUGGAUUUGUCCCAUCAGCAUGAGACCAAUGACGUGCAGAUUGGCCAGAAUCUGGAGCUCCAGAUUGUGGCGGAGUACAGCCAAGACCAGCUGGCCGAACACCUGGAACUUCAGCUAGCUCCAUUGCCAGAUUUCCGGGCUACCUCAUUGGUGGCUAAGACAGCAGAUAACGAAAACUAUGUUCUGCUGAUCGAUGAACGUGGUUGUCCCACGGAUGCCAGCGUGUUUCCGGCUCUGGAAAGAGUUCACUCCGCUACCAAGAGCAUGCUGCGUGCACGCUUCCAUGCGUUCAAGUUUUCCGGCACAUCCAAUGUCAGUUUUGAUGUGAAGAUUCGGUUUUGCGUGGAGCGGUGCUCGCCCAGCAACUGUGCAAGUGGAUCCUGGCAGAGGAAAAGGCGACAAGUGACCACCAAUCAGUCAGAGCGACGUCCUGAGGAGCUGCGAGUGCAGAACCCUGUCUACAUUUCCACCGUGAUGGACGUGGUACCCCAGGCGCCUGGCAAAGUCAAUGGCACUGGUGUCCAGGAGGAGCUUCCCCUCAACUACAAUAUCCGGGUGCAUGGUCCGGACCAGAGCAACGCCAACAGCUACAUGUAUGGCGAGCGAGGAGUUCUGCUGAUCGCAGGAAUCGACGACCAACUGCAUCUGGACAAUGUGUGCAUUAACCAGAGUCUUCUGAUCGCCCUGUUCAUAUUCUGGCUGAUCUGCCAGGUUGCCCUGCUCUUCGGCUGCGGCAUGGUGCUGCAGCGCUAUCGUCGACUGGCUAAGCUCGAGGACGAGCGACGGCGCCUGCACGAGGAGUACCUGGAGGCCAGGCGCGUCCACUGGGCCGACCAGGGCGGAUACACACUCUAAUGUUAGGCUGGGAC